GGUUUCUGUUCUCAGUGAAUUAUAAGUAUUGGUAAAAAAAAACUAAAUAAGAUGAUGAAAUCGAAGACGGAAAGAGUAAUCGAGAGGAUAAGAGAGAGAUCAUGGGGACCUUCUUUUCUACCUCGGGAACCAGUUCACAAGGAUCAAAUUGGAUUUCGACGGCCUAAUCAUCCAUGUUUUGUAAAUGCUUUGAAUGGGCAUAAAGAUUCAGUUGUAGCUUUGUGUUUCUCGUCUGAUGGUCAAAAUUUGGUUACAGGUUGUGCUGAUGGGUUUGUCAGGGUCUUCAAAUUGGAUAAUAUUCAGAGUUCAAGAUUUAAAUUAUUAUUUCUCGUUUUGCAGAGUUGUGAAAAUUCACUUACCGGCUGGUGGACAACCAACAACAGUUGCCUUCUCUGAUGAAGAUUCAUCUGUGGUUGUUGCAGCUCAGUAUAGUUCUGGUUCUAAUUUGUAUAUGUACGCUGAAGGAAAUUCAAAUACAGCUAAUCACAGAAAGCAUGAAAAACCCAAACCUCCUGUUCCAGAAAUGAAAUGACUACGCAUGAAAGUCCAUCAGACGAGGGCUACUGUGACUCUUGCUGGAACUACUGCCAAUUAUGACACUGCUGGUGGAAGUCCAUACAUUGUUUCGUGUUCUGAAGGUAGUGAUAUCAUUCUUUGGAAUGGAAAGAGUGGGAAGAUUUUGGGAAGCACUGACACGAACGAGUUGAAAAAUAGUAUGGCCAGAAUAUCCCCUAACGGGAGGUUAAUAGCUGCUGCAGCAGUUUCCUCUGCGGAAGUGAAGAUAUGGGAGAUUAUACUUACUAAGGCUGGUUCAGUAAAAGAGAUUGCAGGAGCUAUGCAGCUGAAGGGUCAUAAGAGUGCCGUGACUUGGUUAUGCUUUUCAUCUAAUUCGGAACAAAUCAUAACAACAUCAAAGGAUGGUACCAUAAGAAUAUGGAAUAUUAAUGUUCGGCAUGAUUUUUACCAGGACCCCCAGAUUCUAAAGGUGUUCCCAAUUACACUCCAUGACUUAAAAGCGGACAUGUUGCACUAUGAGCAUAUCGAUAUCUCGCCUGAUGGAAAAAUAUUGGCUGCCACCCAUGGUCCAAUACUACAAUGGAUAUGUGCUGAAACUGGGAAGGUUUUGGAAACCCAUUAUGAGACACAUGAUGAGAAAAUCAAGGCCGUUGCCUGGGCUCCGAAAGAACUUCGUGUUGGACGUGACCGCAAGAUGGUUUUAGCCACAGCUAGUGAUGACGAGCGAGUGAAGCUUUGGGUGGUUCCAGGUGACCCGCCGCUUGAUGUUGAUUUGGUUGUGCAAUAGACAAAUGGGGGUGAAAUUCCAUCUUCGCCUGUUUUGUUUAAACUCAGGACUAUCAGAGUGUCGACAAUGCCUCUACAACUCUAUUGGUUCCCAUUAUGAAUUUAAGUGGUACUGGCAUAUCUGGCUGUGUAGAUGUCUUCCUAAUAGUAGACUUAAUCAUCUCUGUAUUUAUGUCCUUACUCAUUAUAGAUAGCAAAUGGAUCAGGAUUUUUGUUUAAGCUGUUAGAGAGUUGAACAUUGGCUUGCUAGUUUUGGAAUGUCUUGUAGAAUUCUGCAAAGUCAUGAAGUGUUGUGAUUUUGUGAUAAA